UUCCUAAUAAGAACAUUCUUACCUCUGAUUAGCUGCACAGAGGCACUUUGGUCCUUGCACCAGGCAGGAGACCUUCAGAAAAAGAGACAAAGGAUAAAAGAAAAGGAGGAGGCUUUUUUCUAGCCACAAAUCAUGCAGAUUCUUUUAUAACAGUUGUUUUUAAUCAAGCAGACAUGUUUUUAUUCAUUUAGCUGGUAGAUAAAAGAUCUUUGAUUCAUCAAAGUGGCAAAGAGGACCAGCUUGUCUUGGCAGACACUAUCAGCGGCUACUGUCCCCAACAACAAAGCUCCUAUAGGAUCACAGGAACACAUAAACCCCUCCACUGUGAUAAGGCGGUGAUGGUUCAGGCAUCUUAAUAGGAUGCUUCCUGAGCGCCUUCCUCUGGAGGUUUUAAAGGCACAUCCAACUGAGAGGAGACCCCAUAUCUCAUCUGGUUUCUGAACACCUUGGGAUCACCCAGGAGGACCUGGAAAAUGGUGCUCCACAACCCAACCCCGGAUAAGCAGAAGAAAAUGGAAGGAUUGGCCUUUUCAUGUUGAGACUGCAUCUCAAAAACACGGAUUCUGACUUCAGUGGUUUCAAAAGCAGCAAACACAAGGAACCAAUCCUGUCAGCUUGGAUGUAUCAGAAGAAAAGCGAUUAAGACAGGACAUAUUCUGUUCUGACUAUUUUUUGACAUUAUUAGCUGUUUGACAAUCCAUAAAAUACAUUAGCAUUCUAAUACAGGGACUUGUGGCCAGAGCCAUGCAUUACACUAUUCUUCUUCAGAAUUGGUUUCCGGUUCGAAGACUUUACAGCUGAACAACUCCAAUAUAACAACUUUCCAUUGCGCAGUGUGGAGUAGUUUUCCAGUGUUUGAACAGAAGUGAAGAUAUGACAGCAAGAAUGGACAACAACCAGACUUCACAGGGAGAAGCUCCACAUCGAUCCUUUCUCUUCAGAGCUGUGGGGUUGUUCACAGGGGACAUGCGACGGUGUGGAGAGUGGGUGAAAAGACAGUCUUUGGUAAUCCAGCUGCUGGACUGCGUUUUCCGAGGGGUGGCCCAGGUCAUGUUCGUGAACAACCCUCUCAGUGGGCUCCUCAUCGUGAUCGGCCUCUUCCUGCAGAACCCCUGGUGGGCUCUGAAUGGUCUGCUGGGGACCCUGGUCUCCACUGUGUCCGCCUUCUUGUUGGGUCAAAAUAGGGAGGCCAUAUCAGCGGGAUUAUAUGGCUACAAUGGAACGCUGGUCGGCAUGCUGAUGGCUGUGUUCUCUGCCAAAGGAAGCUGGUACUGGUGGCUGUUCCUGCCAAACGUGUUCAUGUCCAUGUUGUGCCCAGUGGUCUCCAGUGCUUUGUCUUCAGUUGCCAGCAAAUGGGACCUCCCAAUAUUCACCCUGCCCUUUAAUAUUCUGGUGUGUUUGCACAUUGAAGCUACGGGAGCUGCUCAUCCGUAUUUUCCUGAGGUGGAUUUUCAGCCAAACAACCAUCUGCACCAUCUAAAUGACUCCAUCCAAAGCCUCAGUAUUUCUCGGCUCUUCCUGUCGGUGCCGGUUGGGGUUGGCCAGGUGUACGGCUGUGACAGUCCUUGGACAGGAGGUCUCAUCCUUCUGGCCCUGCUGCUCUGCUCACCAGCUCUCUGUUUCCAUGCCAUGUUGGGCUCUGCUGCUGGCAUGUUUGCUGGACUUGCUCUGGCUGCUUCUCACAGGGAUAUCUACACAGGGCUGUGGGGAUACAACAGCGCUCUGUCCUGCAUUGCUAUUGGAGGAGUCUUCUAUGUUAUAACAUGGCAAACUCAUCUACUGGCUCUGAUAUGCGCACUUUUCUGCGCGUACAUGAUGUCAGCCACCUCAAAACUGAUGUCUGUGCUUGCAUUACCGGCCUGCACAUGGCCUUUCUGCCUGUCGACUCUCAUCUUCCUCCUCAUUUCCUAUGAGAUCCCCGCCAUCUGCAGACUGCCUCUGUCUGUGGUCUCCUACCCCGAGGAAAAUCGCCGCUACCGGAGACAAUUAAAGGCCUCAGAGAAAGUUCAGCACAGUCAGCAGAACGGCAGCCAAGAAGAGGCCCGGCCGAAGGAGAACGGACGACCGAAUGUCCAGCUCCAAGCGGAGAAGGACUUCAGUGAAUGUGUGUGAUUUUUAGACGAUGCUAGUUUGUCGUGACAUUUACCUCUGUACAAGAUUAAUUGCAGAAGUAGCACAGUUAUGUAUAAUUUUGGCAUUUCCUGUCCUACAUAAGCAAAGUUGUUACAUAAAUCGCCCAAUUUUGUAGUGACAAAUGUUUUCUGAACAACAAAUACCUUCAUCUGCAAUAACUUGUCUACACUGCAGAGGGCAGCACGUUGCAAGGAAACAUAAGCUACAGUGCAUGAAAAGCCAGUAAUACUGAAGGGGAAACACUGUGCAGAUCUUUAUGUGCACCAGGAGCAUAUAUUAUUAAGCAUUUCAUUUUGCAAACAAAGCCAUUUAGUUAUUUACAUGCAACAGCAACACAGCAAAAAUAGAGGGAGGAAGCAAACAGUAGAAAACAUUUUCCCCUCUCAGCAGCAGAAUCUCAGUGGUUGCUGGUGGAGGAUUUAAAAUGCAGCAGAGUGUUUCAUCAGUUCAGACAGUGAGCUGCAGGGGAGAUUUCAUGUAAUUCUCCCCCAGCAAAAGCACCUCUUUCACUGCCAGCCAUUAUCCAUCACUGCCUUCUGUACUCCAAUCUUUCCUAUUGGCUUCUCUUAUCAUUCCUCUUUUGUGUUUUUUUUUAGCAGCACCUCUUCCCCAGUUUAACCCGUUUUUAUCAACUUUUGCUUAUCUUCUACUUUUCUUUUCCUCCAGCUUCACCUCUUCUGGUUUUAUCUGUCUUCUCCUCAUUUGAGGGCCUUUUUUGUCAAGAAGCGAGUCGAUUUCGAUCUCUGUGAAACCAGGCUGCCGAGGUGUCAGCUUAUGAAAGAGCUCUGUCUGGGUCGGUGUCUGCAGUGAUAUUUACAGUCAUGAGUGUACCUUUAUGUGUCUUUAUUGCCAUCUGCCUGUCUGGGUAUCUAGUGCACCAAUAAGGCACAUGGCAUUCGUCUAGCCACACAGAAGAGCCAGUCACACUCGCAGACAUGUGUGGGAGCUGCAGUACAUCGGGGGAGAAGGUGCGAGACGAGGGAAGGGGACCAAGUUGGAAAAAUGAGAACAUUUCGGUUUUUUCCCUGGUGAUAAAAUAUGACUUGUUAUGACUGUGUUUCUUUUCCCCAUUGAAUGUCUAAUAUGCAUUUCUUUUGUCUGCCGUUCUUUGAACACAAUACCCCCCUCAAAUUAAAUCCACUCAAGCUC